AUGGCCUCCCAAGAUGGACCCGACCAUGGUGAUUCUGAAUCAAGGCAAAAUGCUUCCUCUAGAGGACAAGAACAUGCAAGUGAGGAAGCCUUCACCCUCACUGAUCUGAUCACAGCUAUGCAGGCCAUGGGGAAAACCCAGAAGGAGAUGAUGGACACUAUCAAAGAAUUAAAAAAUGCUGCUUCCAAGCCAAGCGAAGAGGAUAGACGUCCGCAAGAAGAAUCUGCCGCUGCUGGAAAGGGGUCUGAACAAAGGGGACCAUCUUUUGUCACCCAGGAGGAUGUCGUUGCCAUGCUGGAAAAGGAGCUUAGUCGAAGCCAGGAGGAUUGGAAGUACAUUCCUCAGCCACCGUACCCAGCAAGUUUACUCCAGCAGCCCUAUCCCAAAGGUUACGAAACACCAACCUUUGUUCUCUUCGAUGGGAGGAAAGGAAGCCCGAAGGAACAUGUCAACCGAUUCCUUGAUGCUUUGGGGCCACAUGCCGGUGAUUAUAAUCUGCGACUCCGAGAAUUCUCAAAGAGCCUCACCGAUCGGGCUUAUACAUGGUACACCACAUUGGCACCAGGCUCUAUGCGUUCUUGGGACGAUUUGGCAAGCAAGUUUUGUAAAAAAUAUUUUCAGCACGAGGAGAGGGUCACCACCACGCAGCUCAACAACACUCGCCAAAAGCAAGGGGAGGAUCCCGUGGACUUUGUGAGAAGAUUCCGGGACUUGGCUCUCGAUUGCUAUGACGAAAAAGAUGAGGAGGCACUUGUUGAGAUUUGCAUCAGCAACAUUGUGGCAGACUAUAGAGUGUUAGCCACGGAUGAGAAGCCAUCUAAUGACUACAGCUCACGCAAACGAAAAGAUAAGGAGACGUACCCGCCAUUGCCCUGCAAAGAUGAAGAGUUUCAUGCCAUCCUCGACACAAUGAUUGCUGACGGCGCAAUCAAACCUCUCAGGCCCUACAAGGUCCCCACCAGGGAAGAAAAAAGUGAUCCCAGAUACUGUCGCUACCACCAGUUUGUAGGACAUCCGACCACCACUUGUCAGAGUUUAAGGAGGAUCUUACAUGGCAAAAUACAUGAGGGAGUUCUUAAACUUCCCUCUAGGAAGCAGGCUAUUGAUGAGGACCCUUUGCCAAAACGAAGGGGGAAAGAAACAGCUGCUGUUAUUACGUGUUCAGAUGAUUUGCUCGACGAUGACGAAUUGUGCCACCCAUGGAGGAAUGAUCCAAAGCCACCAGAGGCUAUUUGGGAGCCUUGUGGAAACAUGGAUAAAGCUUACUGGUGCAAAUACUCGAAAACCGCCAAGCUACGACACGCCAUGGCCACUCGCUGA